AUGACAACGAGUGUCGUGGUCCCGGACUCGCCUUACCUUGAGGUGGUGGAGAUUUUGCCAUUGACGAUUAAGAAGAAGCACAAGGGGGGCGGGGAUCUCUCUUCCGCAAAACCUGGGUCGCCUAGGGUUGAACUAGCAGAUCAACAAGGGGGAUCUUGGUUGGGCUGGGAGAGUGUGGACUUUGAAGAGCUGCGAGAUUGGGUUUCACGUGGGCAGGACUUGGGCAUGAUGAUUUCAUAA